CAAGCUCAAAAUAUAAAAUCCAAGCAACAAAUCCUAAGCCACCCAGCGGCCAUUAUGUACUUUUUGACCAUCACCUACGAAUAUCGGCAGAUCCCUUUCGGUUAAUUUUGAUAUGUGCGACGCAGCUCCGAAUGCGCCGUACAUUUUGAUCAGCGAAAGAUGAUCCUGCGGUUCCGCAAGGACGAAAUGUCCAAGGACGUUUCUGCAGCUUUCAACUGCGAAUGUACGCUCGGAAUCGCUCGGAGACGGUUGUUCGAGCUCUUCGAAAACACAUCGCAUCGCGGCCGACCGCUAAUUGAACAUUGGGAAAAACAAAUGUACGGUGAAAGGCUGCAGCCGACAUUCUCCAGAUGCGGUGUAUAACGUUCGCGCCAACCAGAGCCGGUAUUUAUUUAGGAACCAGAAAAGACCGCAUGACAGAGGAAAAAGGGGAAAGAUCUCACCGGUCUGGACUCUGGACUUAGGUAUAAAAAGGAAGGGCGAAAUCCGUGAAAAAUGUCAGACGGAGGAACGGACAACCCGGCGUUUUCGAACGACGAAGGCCAUCACGGCUCCGACAACUCGAACUCAACGCUGGAGAACAGCCACACGGAGAGCUUGCAGAACAGUCAGAUAACCGUGGAGAGCGAUUACAGGACGCCGAUCGACGAAGCGUCUUCAGCAGCGACGAGUCAGAAGGUCGAUAACGACCACCGACAGUCCUUCGUGUCGCAGCACUACGUUGAACCGAUAAGAACGAGUCCGGAACCACAGUACAAGACUGAGACAAGGAUAGAAUUGCCCGCCGAUAAUCAAGAGAAACUGCCGAGCGCCACAAAGUCCAACGGUGUUCAUGGAAACGGGAACAACAAUGACGCCAGUUUCCUCAACACGAGUGCUGCCAGCAUACAGAGCAAUGAUGGAAAGAAGGAACAGGUCGAAGCCGUUAACUUAGAAUUGGUGUCUAUGAGGCCUUACAACGGUGCAAAUGCACAAAGUAAAGGCCAGGAAGCCUGCGAGGUACCCGCAGACCCUUACGAGGAAUACUUCGUGCCCGUAAACGAGCACAGAAAGUACAUCAGCAGAAGUCCUGAUGCUGAAGUUGAAACGACUGUGGCUGGGGUUCGUUUCGAUUUGGGCCCAGGACUGGGGCGCGAAGGACUUAGCCUGAGAGACCCGACUGCUGGACUGGUCGACUAUUCCCACUGGCGGAAUGCCCUCAGAGGAGAAAAAUUGUACGUCACUAAGGACAAAAGGUCUCGAAGUUCGUACUGGAGACGAAUAGUUUGCUGGGGAUGCGGUCUUUUGGUUCUGGCCAUUGCUAUUAUUAUUGCCAUAUUGGCCGCAACUGGUGUAAUUCUUACGCAAGAGGAGACGCAGCCUUUGGAAAGUGACGGACACACAAGUUCACGCCAAUUUGGCGACAUCAAAACAUCCGGCAGUCAAGAAUAUAUGAGAAACCCCCCCGCUAGUCCCCCUCCUGAAGCCUCAACUCUACCACCGUGGCAAACAACCGACGAAACUUUAUAUGAAACGGUCCCAAAGGCCUUCGACGGAUUAUUGACAUUGGACAAUUUCAACUGGACGGAAGGCAUGGACAAUCCAAAAUCGAGGGUUUACAGAGACGUUUCGCAAGAGAUUGAAGAAAAUUUGAAAGAAAAGUUGCACUUGGCGGCGAACUUGUCCGUUGUCAAAGUCUACAACAUCAGCAGGAAUGGAGAAGUCAAAUUCAGGAUCAGUUACCCUCCGGUACCAGCGCCCGAGCAGAUGAGGAACGAAGUUGAAAAGACGUUGCAGGAGACUGGCAGUAUGGUCGGUAAAUACCAUUUGUCGAAGUUGGACAUCAGUCGUCUGAUCGACGAUUGUAAACACGGUGAAAUGAAUUGCAGUGAUAGUUGCCGGUACGAUUAUUCCGAGGGUGUGUUCGUUUGCUCUUGUUUGAACGGGAAAGUGCUGGAAGCGGACGGAACGAGUUGCCGCGACGAGAACGAUCUGAGUAACGUCGACAUGAAUGAAGACAUUUCUCACGUUCACGGCACCGAAGGAUACGCGCAAGACGGCGUUCAAGGAAGAAGCCGAGGACACGAGACAACCUUCAGUCCCAUACACCAGGAAUUAGACAACUCGCAAGCCGUACCCGUAGAGAUGGACGAACCCCAUAUUACUUCCGAGAUGCCUACGAUGCACGAACACCAUCAUGAAACGGUGUAUGAACCUGAUACGGUAUCCGAGCCUGAGCCCACCGGCGAACCGAAGUCAGAGCCUGAACCUACUCUGGAGUCCGAACCGAAGGUCGAACCAAUUGUUACACCCAAAUCAGAACCUGAACCGACUUCUGAACCCAAAGCAGAACCUGAGCCAACCUCCGAACCCAACGCAGAACCUGUGCCGUCUGUUGAACCCGAACCUGUAUUGCAACCCAAGGCAGAACCUGAACCUUCCGUCGAACCCGAACCAUCAUCCGAACCCAAUGCAGAGCCUGAACCUUCGGUCGCACCGGAACCGUCAUCCGAACCCAAUGCGGAGCCUGUACCAUCCGUUGAACCAGUGCCAGUAUCUGAACCCAAAGUAGAAACUGAAUCAUCUGUUCAAUUGGAACCAACAUCCGAACCUUCUGUCGAACACGAAUCAAUGUUCGAACCAAAAGUUGAACCUGAACCUUCUGUUGAACCGGAACCAACGUCCGAACCAAAGGCAGAACCUGAGCCUUUUGUUGAAUCGGAGCCGAAAUUCGAACCAAAAGCAGAACCUGAACCCACUGUUGAGCCUGAACCAGCAACUGAGCCUAAAUCCGAACCCGAAGCGAAGUCUGAACCUGCGCCUGAACCAAAAGUGACGGUUGCUGAACAUGAGCCUGAUACAACGACAGCUGCGAAUUCAACAACAAAACUCGUCGAACCAGUUGAGCCAGUAUCCGAACCGCAACCAUCUGUUGAACCAGAACCUGAGAACACACUAAUGGCUGAACCGAAAGUUGAACCGGUCGCGAAUGAUGAAAUUCAAACCGAGUCCACUUUGGUGACACAUUCCAGACCUGAGUCUGAUUCACCAAGUAUUUCUUCGGAUCAUUACAAUACUGUCCUGCAUACAAAUGUAGAAUCUGAAGAAGGUACACCAUCGUCUACUGAAUAUUCGCAGGUUUCUGGAGACUCUGCGGGAGCGAACGCUCAGUCUACCGCUGACGGGAAUUCCAACGCUGAUGAAAAAUGGAACACACUUGCACCCACAUCUAUGACAGAAGCUGAGAAGGAGUUUGAGGGACAAACGGAACAUAAUCUUACAUCAGGAAAAACUCUUCAGGUCGAAGAAAAUUCUGAAUCGAUGAAAAGUGAUAAUCAAACAGAGCCGAUAUUACCGUUUUCGAAUAUCACACCAGUUCAUGAAUCGCAACCUAGCCAAAAUGAGUCUGAACAUAAUAUCGUACAGUCCGUUGAUUCUAUUUAUCAUCUUGAAGGCCGCCAAGGCAUGAACAAUGAAACUUCUGUUAUGGUGCCACAGAAUCCAGCACAAUUCGAAAACAUCACUGCUUCCGGAACAGAUGUCGAACACAACUUGCGGUCCGAGAAUAACCUUGAAGUUACUCAGGCUGAAUCCUCUACUGCACCAGUGAAUGAUCUCGCAUUGCAAGAUGAUCUGGUACAACAUUUCGUACUUCCAUCCGAAUCGCAAAGUGAAGCAGCUCCGGUUACAGAGUCGAGAGAAAAUUCGACCGUUUCACAUGCACCUGCGACUCAAACUGUACAGUCAGGCGAAUCCGAGAAUAAAACGGAGACCGUCGAAAAAUUCGAACAGCCUCAAGGAGUAUCAGGAGCAACGAUUGAAGAAUCUAGGAGUAAGGCUAUUCCUGAUUAUGACUCGUUUUUGGACUCAGUGAUUCAACCUACAAGUACACCAACGCCUAUUCGAGAGAGCAUUCCAGUGAUUGAACUAGCGGAAGAACCGGAAUCAGAAUCAGACUCCGCGCCAUUCUUUACAGCUACAAUCAAACCAUCAGCUUCUGUAGAGCCUGAAAGAGUAAAUACGUCGGACAAAAUGCCUGAAACAAUGGUUGAAGCGAAAUCUGGCUUUGCCAGUGAAGAUUCAAAUUCCAAAUCUAAUUCCAGCAUGGUCGAACCAUCUUUGACGACAAUGAAUGAUACUGGAAGUAACGGAAUUGACGGCAUCCCGAGUACAUCGGGUAAUGAGCAAACACUACCGGAAACAACAGAAUACAACGUUAUAGAAAACAUGCCGAAAACUGUAUAUCAAAUACUGCCAAAGCUCUUAAGUGAAAAUGUCGAACCGUUAAUAGAGGCUAAUAAAAAUGUAACGUCAUCUGACGACCAGCACAUCAUGGUCAUCGCUAACACAGAGUCUUCUACUGAACACUCCGCGCAUAGUAUAAUUCCGGAGUUAUCGCCCGAGCAAAUUGCAAGCGUUCACUCAACGGAAAACUCAAUUCACAAUGAUUCUAAGCUUGAUGAUGUAGCAAAAAUUAACGAAUAUCAUCCAACCGAAAACAUUGAUCACACUGAAACGCUACAAAACAGUCCGAAGCAACCAUCUCUCCUACCGGAGAAUUCCAUGGUCACUGAACAUCCAUCAUAUCCGGUAGUUUUUGCUGAGAAUUCCGUUGAACAUUCUGCAGACAAAGGUGAGUUCUCUGAUGAGAAGCACGUCGAAAACAUGUCACCAUACUUACCAGACAUCCAACACGAGAAAGAGAUAUCUAAAAAGGCUCCAAGAUUGGAUAAAGAUGAACAAGAUGAACCGAACCCGUUCGAUGCUCACAUACCAGACGUCAUUGCGCAUCAUUCUGAGGAAAGCGGUAACAAAUCCAAAUUGCAAAGUGAUUCGAGUAACAUCUAUUUUAACGGUGCCUUAAAUGAAGUUCGUGAACACCUGAAUGAUACUGACUUUGAACUAUCUGUUGCUACUGAAAUUAACAAUGAAACACAAAUGCACCAAGAAGGUUACUCUGUAGAAGAUGUAAGAAAUCAAGAACCAGUAAUUAUGUCGGGUGUUGCUGUUGAAAAUGCGGAAAGUUCAACGCAAGUUCAUUUGGAAAAUAAUCCCGAUGACACAUCUUCGGAAGAUUCAAAUAAUCUUCAGAAUACAGACAACACCGAGGAAGUAUCACUGCAAGAUCUUAGUAACAGAAAUGGUCACAAUCAGUCGGUAAGCGUAAUUGAUAAUGGUUUGAACGAACAUCAUCUACAUGUGACUAAUGAAUCGUCGGUCGAAGAUAAAGCUGGGCAGGCCUCGAAGGAUGAAGUUCACACCGAUGCUGAACGUGGAAAUGAACCUGCUGUAAAUUCUUCUAUCCACUCGGAGGGAACAAACGAUUCGGAAGAGAUUUUGAGCGUUAUACCGUUGGAGGAUGACGAUGAAACAUCCGACAACCGUCAAGCUGUAUCAGACAGUGAAAACGAAAGCUCGUCGCCGCAAAAUAGCGGAAAGAAAAUUAUAGAAGGUACCACUGAAACUGCAAACAUUUCAACAUCUAGUAAGGAAAUGAGUAAUACAUCGUCAGACACACAGAAACCCGAACAUUCGGAGAAAGUUGUAGUUGAUUAUACCGAGAGAAUUUUUGAAGAUCACUAUAACGAUAUUGUGGACGAAAAUGAAUCGAAUCUAGCUAAACAUUUCGGAGAAGAAAAUAAGGAGCAAAACAUAAACGAUGUAGUCGAUAGAAGUAAUACUAGCGCAUCGUCAAAUACUCAAAACACGACGGUGGUACCAGUUCAAAGUGAUGUAGAUAUAGUAAACAAUAAUCAAACUUUAACCGAACAAUCUACGGAACACAACGAAAUUUCACACUCUUCUUAUACCGACUUAAACGAACGAACACCAGUACAAAAUACUCGAGAACAAGUCUCAACCAUUCCUAACAAUACCAAUGUUGAAGCUGAUGCAAAUACUCUUACCGAUCACACAGAAAUAACUACUGUUGAAUCGAUCUCUGAUACUCAAACGACGAUAUUACCGGAAAUAAUUAACGGGCAUUCUAACGAGGCUAAGCUUACUACCGAAAUCCCCAUUCUUCCGUUGGAAUUAGAACGAAUGAUUCCUGUAACCGAAACUGUUCUUCAGAAUGACGAGACAACAACCACUGAAAAGCACCAUGACCAGCAAACCAACGACACAAACACCGUGUCAGCUGUUUUAGGCGACGGCGAAAAGAGUGCUACAGUCCUACCACCGCCAACGUUUAUCCACGGAUCCAGUUUAGAAGGCAAUGCUACUACCCAAGUACCCAUUAUGCCUGAUGAGUUACAGACAACCGAAAAUGAGAUUUUUACCACUUCAACUCCCGCAAAAAUACUACAGAGUGAAGAGAAGCUGAUGGAUCAUAGUAUUAACUAUGAACGUGGUCAACAUGAGCACUUGAUCAACAACAAUAGCCAAGUGAACCAAGAAGAAAUGGGCAACGAUCAUUUACGAAAUAUUCAAAAUACAUCCAUUCCCGUUCUACAUCUCACCACCGAAUCACAGACACUCCCUUCUGUUCAAGAUGGAGUGGUGCUAAUUAACGUUGAAAAUACUAAUGCUACUGAAAACGGCAAUCUCUAUCCGCAAGAGCGCACUGAAACCGUUGAGAAUUCAACGCAAAAAUUAAAACCACACAACGAGACAGAAAUUUCACAACCUGAUCUCACAGGAAUUGAAAAUGUAAAAUCAACCAACUCGGAAUACAAGACAACCAUUUUGAAACAGCUCACGCCUUCAAUUCCGGAAGAGACAGAAAUGCAGCAGGACAAAGAGACGAAGGUUACAACACAAAGUCCGAUGAUAACAACGGACGAUAUCAGACCCGUGUCCGAAGCAGUGGUAGAUGAUGUAAUGCCGUAUAAAUUUGAUUACAAGCAACUUUUCACCCCGACUGGAAAACCUAAAUUUGUUGAGGAAGAUGAACUGUCCGAAGACGAAUUACGAGUAAUUCCGUUAGAGAAGCAAGAUGUUAAGAAAAAGGCAGUUGAAAAGAAGACACUCGAUAAGUACAAGUACAAGAAGGAAAAGGAGUUGAGCUUUCAAAAUAUAGGAAACCUGGCUACUGCAGUUGCUGAAGAUCGCGAAACACCUACAACAACAAUGCUUUCUGUUGAAAUUCCUCCAGCAAUUAUCACAGAAAUAAUGAUUAAUGAACCGUCUGUUCAGCAAGAAGAAAAUUCGACCAGACAGACGUUGGUUAAUACCUCGGGUUCUCCUAGAACAAUUGUAGACAAUAUUGAGCCUAAUAUACCAACGAUAUCAGAAGCGGUAGUUCAUGAGAUGACUUUAGGAAAUAAUAAGAGUGAAACUUUACUUCCUCGCACUGACUCUGAGAUUCAUGUUAUGGACAACGAAAAUAACACUCACGUAGAAUCAUUGAGUGAUAUCAUCUCGCCUGAGGCUGAGGACAUCUUGAAGAAUUCCGCAAACAUUCCUGCUGAAGAGACAAUUCAAAACAGCUCAACGAGUUCCAAUAUUCCAUCUAUCGAAACAAAGAUUGGAACUGACAGUGAAAAUAGGCCAGAAAUAGAGUCAAACCAGAAUGCAAGUGAUACAGUUGUGCUAAUACAAAAUAAUCCAAGCAGUACAACUACUCGCAGUGUCAUCGAUCAAUAUAUUACGAAAAUAAAUGACGCUGUACCCGAGGCAGUGCACAUUGAAGAAAAUCUUAAGCAACAUAAUAGUACAGACACCUUGCCAGUAGCAGAAACAACGGUAGCUGCACCUAAUCCAACAUCCGAUGUUCAAAAUAAUGACAAUAUUUCAAAGAUCGAAACAACUGAUAACGUUUCGAAUAAUCAUGAGACUUUUUUAGCUCAAAGCACUAGUUCCUCCGAGGCAAGCAUUGAUUCUGUUACCAAAGGAGAAAACACUUAUGAAGUAACUGAAAAACUCACGACAACGACAGGAUCAAUUGAAAUUCCUGUUUCAAUCAUCGAAAGCGUUAAGCUGUCCACAGGUGGUCCCAUUGAACUGCCGAACCCUCUUUUCUCAAAGUGCGCUGCUGGACAAUUUCAAUGCGUCAAUGGCACAUCUAAGGAUAGUGCUUACUGCGUUAGCUUAGCCGCGAAAUGCGAUUCGGAAAAUGAUUGCUCAGACGGAUCCGACGAAUUCAAUUGCGAAAAAGAAGGUUGUCCAGGAAAUUUCCAAUGCUCAAGUGGCCAGUGUCUUAAGCGAAACCUCGUUUGCAAUGGAAUUGAAGACUGCGAUGACGGUAGUGACGAGAAAAGCUGCCAGGAAUGGAAAUGCCAGUUCGACGAAUUCCAAUGUCCUAACGGAAGGUGUAUCCCGAUUUUGUGGCAAUGCAAUGGUCGUCCAGACUGUGAAGAUCAUCGUGACGAGUAUUCCUGCGCAGAGAGCUGUGGAAACGACGAGUAUCUAUGCCCGACUGAAAAAUGGUGCAUUCCACUAACGUGGCACUGCAAUGGAAUACCAGAAUGCGCCCACGGAGAGGAUGAAAAACUGUGCGAUUGUGCUUUGGAUCAAUUCAAGUGUCAGACUGGAGGCUGCGUCCCGGUGGACCUGGUUUGCGACGGUGUUGAACACUGUCCGGAUCAUUCGGACGAGUGGGAUUGUUUGACGGCGAAUUUGACCGUGGGUCUAAGCGCCGUGGAAAUCCAAAAGGAAGAAGACGACCGCGAGAAUCACGGAGACAGUGACCUCAUCGGGCGAGCAACCAUACUGAAGAUAAAGCAACCAAAUGGUGAACGUCGCGUCGUGUGCGCUGACAAUUGGACUACCGAGCUCAGUGACGCUUUCUGUAGAACACAGGGAUACUUCUCAUCCGAAGCCACAGACAUGAUAGCAUCGGACGAAGGUCUGAAGCUACUGAAACUGAAGUCUACGGCUGAUCUGAAGGCACCGUUCGUCACGAAUUUCGAACAGACCGACAUCUGCGAAACGGGAAAGAUCGUUCAGAUCUCUUGCGAGGAAUUCUCAUGCGGUUCGCAUUAUCCAGAAGGACCAACUGCGAGAUUGGCCGGCGGUACGCCCGCUGGUGAGGGACAAUGGUCAAGUGUGGCUCUGUUGAAGGAACGAAAACACGGUAUCGCUUGCACUGCUAGUGUUCUCAGUCCUAUGUACGCACUGGCGAGCUACUCCUGUGUUCACAAAUACAGACAGAGCAAUGGCUGGCAGUUGUUCACAGGUAGUGAUAUGCUAAUUCCGCAUGCAGUUAAAAGUAUCGUGCCAUAUCCACAAGUGAAGUAUAAUCAAUUUUUGUACAAUAACGACAUGACCUUGGUUGAGCUCGAAGAGCCUUUGGUCUUUUCUCGUAACGUCAGCGCCGUUUGUCUUCCGCAACAUCCGAUUCAGCCAAGACAAUUGUGCGUUACGGCGGGUUGGGGCUUCCCGAUGAACGGUGAAGUCAACCUGCAACAGUACUUGAAAUUCUUACCUGUGCCUACCUACGACUCUGAAGAAUGUAACGCGACGAGUCAUUACGCCGGUUUCAUCACCAAGGAUAAUAUUUGUGCUGGGUUUACCGACACGGACAAGGGACCUUGUUACAACGACGAAGGUGCACCAUUGAUGUGCGCAAGCGAAACUGGCAGAUGGGAACUUCAGGGAUUGUUGAGCCAUCACAGUCGGUGUUCGCGAGGUCAUCCAGCUAUUUACUCGAGCCUUGCCCCUGCGGUGUCCUGGUUGCAUCAUUCGGUACCAGCCUUGCAAACUCGACCAUAGACCAAGAUAUUGCUCUUUUUACGCAUAUAUAUAAAUGUGUACGUAGAACUCAAUGCGGUGAUAUUUGGGUGACAAAAAUUAUUGUCAUAAGACAGAUAACUAUAUGGAUGGCUGCCCAUAUUAUAUGAGACACGGUGCGUAGAAGUCCCUUGAUGAUGCAUUUAAAUGCGUGCUGAAUGAAUAGUUGCCGAUGGUAUUCGGCAAAAGAUUAUAUACGUAUACGUGUUUAAAAUGACGAAGAUACUCUUCCGCAUAAUCAGUCUAGUACUCUAAAUAUUUUAUUUUUAUUUUUACUUUUAUUUUUUCGUGGAAUAUACAUAUAUGUGUGUGUGUAUUCUAUUAUACAUGCGACGAUCAGGAGGACUAUUAAAACGCGUCAAUGAAUAUUAUCUCUGUGAAGAAAUGCUUCGAUGAGUACUGAGAACUGGAAACUUGGUAGAUUAUAAACGGAAUCGGGCGAACAGUAUAUCUGCAUAGACUAAGGAACCACAUUGUACAUAUUGUAUAAAGAAACUGUUUGAUACGGUAAAUGAUUUAUUUUGUUUAAUUUUUUUUUUUUUUUAACAUACUUUAGGUGAUAGGGUCCCUUAACUGUUUAUUACGUAAGACAGAGAUUGAUUAUUCACGAAAAUGAAAGGACCGAAUAAUAAUUGAUACGGUGCUUCAUCAAAUUCUCAAUGAUAAAAUCGGAACUUUGAUGAAGUAAUUGGGCGUAUUAACCAGUCAAGAUUGUAGUAAUAUAUACAAAAUUUGUAAGUUUGAAAAUCAAGUAAAAUAUCGUUAUUAUUUUUCGGCAUGGAUGUAACCGACGUAUGAUGAUUGAACUUAUGAUAAUUGUUUCAUUUAAGAGACCCUUAACCACCUCUAAUACGAACCGUAUGUAACGAUAAAUUUGUGUCAGAAAUUCUGUUGCAGAAUUCCUGGAACGAAUGUCGGCAGUAGUUAGAACUGAAGUAUAUCUAUAUUAUAUAUAUAAUCUAUAUAUAUAGAUAGAAUAAAUGUACAUAAUAUAUAAUUAUAUUUUAAAUUACAUUGUUACACGGAAUAUUAACAGUAUAUAAAAGUAAACAAAAAAAAAGGAAAAGAAAGAAACAUGUUUAUGUAUGCGCAUAGUCAGUGAUGAGUGCCUAAGUAUUUUUAUAUCGUAAGCGAAGAAAAUCAGUAAAUGUAAUUAUAACAAUCCAUACAGUUCAAGAUUUUUUUUCUAUAAUAUUUGAAACCAGUUUUAUACGAAUAUCGAGUUUUUGAAAAAUGAAAGUUCCUGUAAUUCAUUCAGUGACUCGUGACAACUUUAAUAUCAAUUCGGUAACAACUUGAUAUAACGAUAAUUAGUGAAUAUAUAAGGAGACCACCAAGAUAAGAGGGUACGUACAUAAAAUGUAGCGCUCACAUCAUUGCAAAAAUGUGUAUUUUCGAGAAGGCUUUUCAUUCAUGGGAACCAGACAUUAGGUAAAAACUGUACAUAAAGUAUUUACAAGUGAUAAA